AUGCGUGUAUCUUUAAUUUUUACAUUCUGUGUUGUAUAUUGUUCACCAAGUUUGUUGCUUGAAGUUGAGUCGGUGAAAACUACAAGCUUUGUUCAUCCCGGUGGCAUCCAUCCUCAAGAACAGUUAGACUUUGUAAAAGAAAAAGUUGCUCAGAAAGAACAACCAUAUUUCAAUGCAUAUCUCCAAUUACUCAACAAGACUGCACAAGCAUUCACUCAUCCUACUCAUGCCGUCGCUAAUUUUUCUAUUCCUGGUUAUUAUGUUAAUGCGUCUAUGCAUAUUAACAGAUCUUGGCCGCUUCAAGCGGAUUCAUUCGAUGCAUAUGCGUGUGCAUUGGCUUAUCACAUAAGUGGUGGUCAACCAAUCUUUGCCAAUCAUUCGUUGCGGUUUUUGAAUGCCUGGGCUUAUCUGAAUGUAGCGUAUUCUGAUUCAGAUGGGCCUCUUGUUAUGACUUAUGCAGGAACUGGUAUGGUCAUUGCUGGUGAAUUACUCUAUAAUUACAAUGGUUGGAACUCAACAGAUAGAACGAAAUUUUUCCACUGGGUAACAAAUGUUUAUUCGAAAGCAUCAAAUCAGAUCAAAACAAAUGCGAAUAACUGGGGAGAUUGGGGACGGUUGGGUUCAAUUUUAUCUGCUCAUUUAUUUGAUAAUUCUUCGCAAUUACAAACAGUCGUUAAUCUAAUCAAAGGUGAUCUCUUUCAUAAAAUUGCUCCCGAUGGUCAUAUGCCAGAAGAAACAAGAAGAGAAGCAAAUGGAAUUUGGUAUACCUAUUUUUCUUUAGCACCAAUGACCGCAGCAUGUUGGGUGAAUUACCAAACGACAAAAGAAAAUCUAUUCAACGUUUCACAGGGUAAUGCAUCGAUUAAAUUAGCACUUGAUUAUCUCUAUUAUUAUAACAUGCAUCCUGAUCAAUGGCCUUGGUAUAAAAACCCGAACAAAGGUUCCCCGUCAUCAUGGCCAGGAAAUUUGUUAGAAGCUAUGGGAUCUUUAUAUAACGACAGCCGAUAUAUUGAUUAUGUUCAGUCAGCGAGACCGAUCAUUUAUCCAACACACCAUUUUGCUUGGACAUUUCCAACAUUGAUGAGAAUUCAACUGAAUGACUAUUUCUAA